AAUAAGGAAUAACAAGUUUCUUGUUCGUUUAUAAAAUAAAAUGACAAUAUGCACUAGGUUUGGUCGGGUUUAAAAAACCCACGGGUUCACGGGUUUGGGUACUAUAGGAACAAACCCGUACCCAUAAACCCGCUGGGUACAGAUUUAUGCCCAUUAACAAACCCACGGGUAUGAAAAUUGGCCCAAACCCGUACCCUAAUGGGGUAAAAACCCAUCGGGUUUCGGGUUUCGGGUACCCAUUGCCAUCUCUACCCACACGCCACACACGCCCACCGCAUCGGAGCAGAACCCACCAAACCCUACGUCGCCGCGGCGGUCGGAGCGGGCAGGGACCCUGGACUGGAGGAUGGUGGCGAUCUCGAUGUACCGCGGCAACCUCCACAUUGGCGGCCCCGACAGCGGCGCCUCUGCCCCGCGCCGAUGGGAGGCGCCCCGGCCGACCCUCGACGUGAAGCGGUUCCGCCGCCUCCUGCGCAACCGCUUCCGUGCUGUCGCGCGCCUCGCCGGGACGCCGCUGGGGCAGGCCUCCCCGUCCUCCUCGGGCAUGGAUGGCGGCCGUGGCGCCGCGGACCCCGAGCGGGAGGCACCGGACGAGGAGGGAGGAGCGGGCGACGGGGGAGAAGAGGAGCAGGAGCAGUUGCAGCACGACCAGGACCAGGACCAGCAACAUCAGGAGGAGCAGGGGAACGUGGAGGCGGAGGCGGAGGAUCCGGAACAGCAGGAGGAAGAAGAGGAGGGGGCGGUGGAGGACGCGGACAUGGAAGAUGCGGGGGAGGUAGUCGUUGAUGGCGAUGCGGAAGAAGGUCAGGGUGAAAGUGAAGGUGUUGACCCAAAGCCGGAGGAGGAGGCGAGUUAUCCUGAUGGAAUUGAUGACAAGAACAGAAAACUUAAUGAAAAGCUGGACGCCCUAAAUAAAAAGAAGCAUGGCCUUGUGCAGAUGCUGAAGCAGGUCUUAAAUGCUGAAGAAGAAAUCCGAAGGCGCAACAUGCAGGCUUCAUUGCGCGCUGCCAUGCCCCAGCCAUCAGAAAACGCAACAGAUGGAAGUUCUGUUUCUAGGUUGGCCCCUAGAAUGACUGUUGAUGUCAAUUUUGGUGAUGUUGCUGGCGAUUCAGAUGCUGGUUCCAACCAGGGCACUCCUGGACGCCCCUUGCAUCACUUCCACAGUAUCUCUCCUUCAACAGCCUCUUUUGCGAGGUCACCGUUUGGUUCUCUACAGGGCCACACUCCAAGGAGUCCGGCAACAUUCUCUACGGCAAGUCCAUCACGCUUCGCCACAAAUAUACACCCAGGACAACCUCCUGCUCUUUAUUCAGCAUCGUUGCCAGGAAGUAACUAUGUAGCCACAUCACCUUCCCCGGCCGCAUCUGGUGGUUCCUCCUCGGUGUUCAGGGACCCUCGGCCACCUAACUCUACAUAGGUUCUAUGCUUUGCUCGGAGUUCUACUCAUUGGUAAUGUUGCUAAAUUCUCUACCCAGGGAUUUAGGUAAUGUCGUGCUUCGGGCAACACUAGUGUUAAAACAAAUUCGUGUCUCUGUGAACGGUAAAUAACGUGAUAGCACUGAAAUUCAAAAUUAGUAUAUUAAUUUCACAAUUAUAUUAUAUUAAAAACAAGGCUUGUACUCGGUCUAGGGGAAAGAUCACCUCCAAUCGUUGCCCCGACUAAUUGCAAACUUCCCUUUUCCCA